CUUCUUCUCUUUCUCUUCUUCUGUCCCUAUGUUCUUCUUCCUCCUCUAGUUCUACCCUCUUCUUCACUCCACACUCUUCUUCCCUCUCACCUUCCUAUUUCUCUUUCUUGGAGAGGGGAACAGACCCAUGAAGAGGCUAGUAACUGUGCUUUUACUCAUAGUAUUAAGCACUGCUGUGGGAGGUCAAGAUGAUCAUGGACCGUGUAAACAGAAAGUGUUGGAUCCUAGGCCUCACAGUGUGUCAAUCUUGGAGUUUGGGGCAGUUGGAGAUGGAAAAACAUUGAACACAGUUGCAUUCCAAAAUGCAGUUUUUUAUGCCAAGUCAUUUGCCGACAAAGGUGGUGCUCAACUAUAUGUUCCAUCCGGCAAAUGGCUUUCCGGAAGUUUUAACCUUACCAGCCACCUCACUCUCUUCCUUGAAAGAGGCGCAACCAUCAUUGCAUCGCAGGAUUAUGCACACUGGCCUGCAGUGGAUCCCCUACCCUCCUAUGGUCGGGGAAUUGAUGUUCCGGGUGGGAGAUAUAGCAGUUUGAUUUAUGGACGCAACUUAAGUGAUGUUGUGAUUACAGGUGACAAUGGAAUUAUUGAUGGGCAGGGUUCUGUUUGGUGGGACCUAAUCAGAACUCAUUCCUUAAAUUACAGCAGACCACAUAUUAUAGAACUUAUUGGUUCUGAUGAUAUCGUAAUCUCAAAUUUGACCCUUUUAAACUCUCCUGCCUGGAGCAUUCAUCCAGUGUAUUGCAGCAAUGUCCGAAUCCAAAACAUAACAGUUCAUGCACCAACCGAGUUCCCUUACACAAGUGGUAUAGUUCCAGAUUCUUCCGAGCAUGUUUGCAUUGACAACAGCAAUAUUAGCACUGGUCAUGAUGCAAUUGCGCUGAAGAGUGGUUGGGAUCAAUAUGGAGUUGCUUAUGGCAAACCAACCUCGAAUGUCCACAUCAAUGGUGUUUAUCUGCAAUCAUCAUCUGGUGCUGGCCUAGCAUUUGGAAGCGAGAUGUCUGGAGGCAUCUCUGGUAUAACAGCAGAGCAUCUCCAUAUUAUAAACUCGACCAUUGGCAUUGAACUGAAGACAACUAGGGGUCGAGGUGGUUAUAUGAGAAACAUCUUCAUUUCUGAUACAAAAUUGGAAAAUAUUUACUUGGGUAUUAGCAUGACAGGAUUCUCUGGCUCCCAUCCAGAUGACAAGUAUGAUCCUAAUGCAGUUCCGGUGGUUGGUAAUGUUACUUUUGAGAAUGUGAUUGGUGCAAAUGUUGCUAUUGCUGGAAAUUUUUCAGGAAUAGUUGAUUCACCCUUCACUCCUAUUUUCCUUUCAAACGUGACAUUUUCUACCGGUUCCGAGUCAUCUUCUUCAUGGUUUUGUUCUAAUGUAAAGGGAGUCUCUGAGAAGGUGUUUCCUGAGCCAUGUGCUGACCUGAAGAACACACUGUCAAACUUUUCGUCUAUUUUUUCUUCUCUACAUCCAUCGUACAGUUAUGUCUCAAGCGCAUGAGAAACCAUCUCUAAGAAUCUAGUCAUUCCUUUGAUUCAACCUGUACAUGAGACACAACAUUCAUAUUCCAUCAGGAACUUCAUUACAAUUUUCCAAUAAAAUCAAAUUCUUGAUGUAAANAUGUUCUUUCUCUUCAACAUUUCAAUGAACCUUCCUCUUGUCUGUGCAUGAAAUAUCCGUGUAGAGUGGUGUNAAUCCUGAAUAUUCUAUUUAUGUACANCCUCGAUUUCUUCAUUCAUGUAAAAGAAAUUUUGAUGUUGGUGUACAGCCUAAGACGCUACUUUCUUUCAACUCACCAUGUGUAAUAUGGAGGAGUGUUACAUGGUUUUCUUGUCCA